GGGAGGGACUCUCUGGCACUCUAGAACUCUGGGAGAUUAUCACAAAGUGGAUGAUGUCUUUGCUGGGAGAAACCCUGCAGAGGAGGUUGCGUGCUUGUGCGCCCAAUCCCAUCACCGACCGCUGAUAUUCCUCGCCUUAUUAUCUGCGGGAACUGACAAGAAAAUUAUAAACAUGACACGGACACUCAGACGAUCCCCGCAAGAAAUAUACUGGGAUCCCGCGAUAGGAGCGUGGCCGAGUCAGACCCAAAGUGCCAAAAGUGUUAGGGAUUAUCUGAUAUCAACACAAACGGCCUGCCGAUCCGAGGGCCAACUCCCCGCGUUCCCUUUCCCAAGUCCACCCUCUCCCUCUUCCCGAACCACUUCCCCGGACCCACGGAGCGAGAGUCUAGAGAUAAUGACCAAGGCCGGGAUGUCAUUGGGGUCCGAUUCGCUGUGCCAGCGUGCCCGUGGUCAAGGGUCUCGGGCAUCAAACACUAUACACUAGCCAGAUUGAAUGACCUGGCAUUGCCGAACAUGGGCGUUCCCAUGUCGGCGUGACCGUUGGCACUUUGCAAGAGAUAGAAAACCCGAGAGUUGAUACGCAGAUCCGUCUUGGCAUUUUUUUGCCCUCUCACUCUCUCAUCGACUUCUGGCCUCUGGUUUAUCUGUUGGUUCCUUCGUUCGGCGCAAAUUGUCUGGGGAACUCAAAUAGUCGGCCGUUCCCAUCCUUUCUUCGCUCAACCCGUUGCAUUUUAUCUCCCAGUCAGCCCUAAUUUCUAGAAAGAGAGUAGAAGAGUAGAGAGUGUCGAGAGAGCAGAGAGCCCAGUCUAUUUAAUCCCCCCCUCCCCUCUCAUCCCAUCCCUAUCACCUCCAAACCAGUCCUAUCCUUUGGAAAAGAAUAUGUCAGCCAUGGACCAUGAGAAGAUGGGGCCUUCGGGUCUGGACGACAUCUCGCACCAGCAGAGCGCCAAGUUCGGCCAGGUCGAGGACCCCAACGUCGAGCCGGGCCACGAGCUUCACAGGCGGCUCGAGACGCGCCAUGUCACCAUGAUCGCCCUUGGCGGCGCCCUGGGCACGGGUUUGCUGAUCGGAACCGGUUCCGCCCUCGUCAAGGCUGGCCCGGCCGGCAUCCUUAUCGACUACUCCAUCGUCGGCUGCAUCGUCUUCCUCGUCAUGGCCGCCCUCGGCGAGAUCAUCUCCUACAUGCCUCUGUCCCACGGCUUCGGCGGCUACGCGACGCGCUUCGUCGACCCGGCCCUGGGCUUCGCCACGGGCUACGUCUACUUCUUCAAGUACCUCCUCGCCACGCCCAACCAGCUCUCGGCCUUCGCCCUCAUCAUGAAGUUCUGGGUCGGAGACCGCGUCAACCCGGCCGUCUUCAUCUCCAUCGCCCUCGUCCUCAUCGUCGCCAUCAACAGCAUCAGCGUUAAGGCCUUUGGCGAGUUCGAGUUCUGGCUGUCCUCCCUCAAGGUCAUCAUCAUGGUCGGCGUCAUCCUGCUGCUCUUCAUCCUCGCCGUCGGCGGCGGUCCCACCGGCGACCGCCCGGGCUUCCGCUACUGGUCCGACCCGGGCGCCUUCGCCGAGUACAAGGUCGAGGGGGCCCAGGGCCGUCUGCUCGGCGUCUGGAGCGCCAUGGUCGCCGCCGUCUACGCCUUCUCCGGCACCGAGCUCGUCGGUGUCACCGUCGGCGAGGCCAAGAACCCGCGCCUCAGCAUGCCCAAGGCCGUCCGCCUGACCUUCAUGCGCAUCGUCUUCUUCUACGUCAUCUCCGUCUUCCUGCUCGGCAUGGUCGUCCCCUACAACAGCCCCGAGCUCGUCUUCGCCGCCAAGGCCAAGACGAGCGCCGCCGCCUCGCCCUUUGUCGUCGCCAUCACCAUCGCCAAGAUCAAGGGCCUCGACCACGUCAUCAACGCCUGCCUCGUCAUCUUCGUCUUCUCCGCCGCCAACUCGGACAUCUACAUCUCCUCCCGUACCCUGUACGGCAUUGCUGUUGACGGCAAGGCCCCCCGCAUCUUCACGCGCACCACAAAGUCCGGCGUGCCCUACAUGGCCCUCGGCCUGUGCGGUAUCUUCUGCAGCUUGGCCUACAUGUCCGUCAGCACCGGCGCUGCGACCGUGUUUGGCUAUCUGACCAACAUGGUCACCGUCUUUGGCCUGUUGACUUGGAUCUCCAUCCUCAUCUCCCACAUCUUCUUCUGCCGUGCCCGCGACGUGCAGAGCAUCGACCCGGCGUACAUCCCCUACCGCGCCCCCUUAGGCAUCUGGGGCUCCUACGCCGCCCUCGGCUUCCUCAUCAUCCUGACCCUGACCAAGGGCAUCGAGGUCUUCGUCGGCACCUUUGACUACAAGAACUUCAUCGUGCAGUACAUCGGCAUCCCCGUCUACCUCAUCUGCAUCUUCGGCUUCAAGAUCCUCAAGAGGACGAGCCGCGUCCACUCGGCAACGGCCGACCUGCUGACGGGCGUGCCGCUCGAGACGGUGGCCGAGGAGAGGGCCGCAUUCGAGGCCGAGAGGAGGGAGAAGGAGGAGGCCUCCGGCAACAAGGGCUUGCUGGCCAGAGUCUACCGCAAGGGAUUCGCCUGGCUGUUCUGAGUGCGAGUGUGUGUGUGUGUGUGGAAGCGUCGUACGCUUCAACGACAAAGCGUUUGCAAUCUAAUGAGAUAAUGUGAUACCAAAUCAACUCCAAGUCCGCACUUUUCUGUGGAUUAGAUCUUAAUAAAAGUAGUAGAGAUUUUCAUGCUUCAUCUGCUGCUUUGUAUAUUGAUAUGCUU